AUGGUUUCUUCUCCUUUCAGUGAUUGCACUGCAGAGGUAGUAAAUAAAAAGUUGAGUGUGACCUCUGACUGCAUACUGACAUAAUUUCAAUUAAUAUGCUUCUCCAUUUUCAUCUCUGACAUCCACACGUGAUUUGUAAUUGUGAGUCAUGGAGACAUCUCCAGGAAUGGCUGAAAAAGCUCCAAAAGGGAUGAAAGACAUGCCAUAUAUGCUAGCUUUAUUUAGCAAGGGAAAAUAUUUACCUCCCCAUGGACUGACCUCACAUUAUUCAGGAUGUCAGAGAUAAUUUUAAAGCCCUGGGUCUUCAAACCAUUCCCAUCUCAUCAGUUAUCCAUGAAAAAGUGCCACUUCCACAGAUGGAUGCACUCAACCCGUGAACAGCAAAACUGUACAUCCACACACGGACCCACAAUGUCUAUCUUUCCUCUCUUACCUGGCCACCUUUGACUCCUGCUCAGCUCUGGGACUGAAGACUUUCAAUGGCCUGCAAAUAUAAGAGAGAAUUGAGCACAGAAUUUGUAUUGAAUAUGCCAUAGGAAUGGUGUAAGUAGCCCACAGUGGUACUGCGGAAUUCCCCUUCCUCCCUUCAGUCUUCAGGACACUGGUUCCAAGGAUUUGCAUUUGUUGGUAAACGCAUUUUAUAAAAAAGGGGAAGUAAAGCUCCUUGCAGCACUGAAGUUGUAGCAGCCUAAUUAAUGAUUCAGCAAUUCUCUGUAAAGCAGCUCCCAUGAGAGAAGCAUCAAUUCCCCUCUGCAGGGAAGGUAGGUGUACACCCCUCUGCAGACUCACAGGAUAUUCUUCAUGCCAGCUCCCCCAGCAACAUGCCUUCUCCUGGGAGGUGGCAGCCAGGAAUACAUGCAGGAACUUUGAGGACUUCUGUCCUUACAGCUCCAAAUCCAAACCAUAAAGAAAGGCAUACAGUGCUACUUGGUAUUUUUGCCUGGGUUUUUUCUCUCUCACUCUCAUUUUCAGUUCUGGUUUUGCUCUUUGCUUCUGUGAGACAGUCAUAGCAAAACAUGCAGAACACUCUCUCCACUUAUGUCAGUAGUUGCUGAAUUGCUUUAAUUUCUCCUCUUACACACCUGCACUGAAUAAAAAAAAAUAGAGCUAUCCUUUAUCUUUCACUUGACUGAAAGCUAAAAUUCUUAUUUAUAGGAUGGAAAUAUGACUGCUGCAAAGUAGUCAUUUUCAGUGGCUUGGCGCAGGCAUUUUUACUUAGGCAGUCAGUUGUCUGGUUUAGUUCAGUGGGGCCCAGCCUGGGAGGGGAAAAUCUCUUGAUAAAAGUUUACCAUGCAGUUGGGUGGCUGGAGCAGAAAAAGAAUGAUCUCUGUCUAUGACAAUGGAUUCUGCAUGAGCCCUCCCUCCCCUCCUGCCUCUUUUGCUCUGACAGGUGGAUCAAAAGAAAGUUAUCUAUAUCCUCCAAGCCAUGUGGACUUCUUUCUCCCCUUUCCUAAGAAAAGUGUCAUGGAGGUCUGCAUAUUCUUCCUUUCUGCCAUGAUAUUUCUCCCAGGUAUUGCUGCCAGUGUGCAUCCGGUGAAGGCAUUUCUCCAUCACACUGUACACCUAUCCUGCUAUUUUCCAAACUCUCAGAAAAUUGACAUGACAAAUUUAAUAAUCUUUUGGCAAAAAGACACUAAAGUGUUGCACGAAGUAUAUUAUGGCCAAGAAAAGCAUGAUAACCUUAGUCCUGAAUAUAUAAAUCGCACCAAGGUGGACAUGGGCAAAUGGACCUUGCAGUUGUUAAAUGCAGGAGUUGAGGACGAGGGACGCUAUCAGUGUAUUAUUAUGCAGAAAAAAACUGAACAACCAGCACAGGUCAUACACCACUCUGAGUGCUCACUGCACAUCAUUGCCAACUAUAGUCAACCUGAGAUAGCAGAACUGCACUCCGGGGAACCAAAGCCCAGUGGAUACUUGAACCUCACCUGUUCUUCCAGUGGAGGUUAUCCAGAGCCCAAGGAGAUGACUUGGCUGAUUUCACGUGAUAACAUAACACACAGCAAUACAGCUCACAUGGAUGUCUCACAGGAUGCUGUGACAAAGCUGUAUAAUGUUACCAGCAAGCUGAAUAUCCCAGUUCCUACAGGGAGCCCCACUAAUAUCAGCUGCUUGCUUCGCCUUAGGGAGCAGCUGGGAAGCCUUGUCUCAGUCCCACUGGGCAUAGAGAUACAAGAGAAAGAAAUGGAGCAAGCAAAGAUAGAUUUCUUUGGCCCACUUAUAGCUGUGGUUGUACUGAUCAUUUCUGCACUUCUUCUGGGUUUUGUGAUAUUAAAGAAGAAAAGAAAUGUCUUGUCUACCAACCAGAGUGUCAGUCUAGCAGUCUAGAAGCUGUCCAACUUGAAACUGAGGCCAUCAGCCAGACUGCUGACUGGGAACCACCUCUGCACCCAGAAAGGCAUGAGGUGCCGUGUUUUUAGAGGUCCUGCCAGCACAAGAAUCCUCCCCAGAAGCCCUACAGAACAACACGCAACACUUUUGUGUGAUGGCUGAAACCUCCUGCCCAGUGUUCUCUGCUUUUAUUGCUGCUCCAGAAUGGUAGUAAAUGGUAGUAAAUAUGAUGCUCUGCCUGUC